AUGCGCAUGGGGGAGGCUCGACCGCUGCUCGCGCGCUCGGUGGGCUCGUCCGCGGGCUCCACGACCAGCUCCAGACGCGUGCGUAUCCACCGCUGGCAAAGUCUCAACGCGCCGCAGUACUACGAGACCAUCUACAAUACGCUGGUAAACUAUGCGCCUGCCAGUGUUGUGGCAUUUGGUGGACUUGCACUGUUCAUCGGCGUGCUCGUACUGAUCCACACGCAACAUCUCGUGGCUACGGCCGAUCUCCCACGCAGCCCUUUGACCACGUUGAGCCCCCUUUGGAUCGCUCAGCGUAUCGACCACUUCUCCUGGCUCCCAGCAGAAGCAGUAGAUGCUGCAGAUCCCAAUGCCGCGCCAAGUGGUCUACCGGCUACAUACAAACAGCGAUAUCUGCUAAACACGCAGUUCUGGGACCCGAGCGACAAGAAGGCGCCUGUGUUCUUCUACACAGGCAACGAAGGAGACGUGACGCUGUAUGCCAACCACACAGGCCUCAUCUGGGAGAACGCACAGACGUUCAAAGCUCUUGUCGUGUUUGCCGAACACCGCUAUUACGGCAAAAGCUUCCCAUUUGGUGACAAGUACAUGGACCAUUUGGGUUACCUUACUCAUGAUCAAGCACUGGCCGACUACGCGGAACUUAUUUAUCAUGUACAGAAGAAAUACGACGCCCUUAACCACCCAGUCAUCGCGUUUGGUGGUAGCUAUGGCGGCAUGUUGUCAGCUUGGUUCCGCAUGAAGUAUCCGAGCAUUAUUGCGGGUGCUAUUGCGGCCUCUGCUCCGAUUUACGGCUUCGGAGGCUUCCCUGCUUUCGACGGACAGAAGUACUGGCAAGUGGUGACCCGAGAUGCUUCUCCAGCGGCAGGAGCAGCGAAGAACUGCGUGCCGAACGCUCGAAAAGCUUGGCCACAGAUCUUUGAGCUUGCGCAGACGGAGAAUGGGCGUUCUACACUGUCCUCCAUCUUCAGAUUAUGCGAACCACUGACAACUGAGCAGCAAGGCGAAGACCUGGCGAUGUCGGUGCUGUUCGCUUUCGACACGCUGGCCAUGGGCAACUUUCCGUACCCGUCCAGUUACCUUACAGGCGGUGCAGUGGACCUUCCUGCGUGGCCUGUUCGUGAAGCGUGUUCGCAUUUGGCCGGCGACUUCCCAGCGUCAACGUUAAGGCAGGAAAAUGUGGAUACGAAGCUGUUGGAGGCGCUACGUGACGCCGCCAACGUGUUCCACAACGCGACUGGAGACUUGACGUGCUUCAAAAUCCCUACUUUGUGGGACUAUGACGGUAUCUGGGACUACCAAUACUGCACGGAGAUGUUGCCACAGGAGACGUAUUUCAGUACGAACGGAGAGACGGACAUGUUCUGGUCGCGCAAUACGACGUUCGAGGAGAUUCGUGCACACUGUCAACGUGACUGGCACACGACGCCAGACCCGAACGGGAUUCGUGUGAGCUACGGCGACGAUAUGCUGCGAUCAGCGUCUAACAUUGUCUUCAGCAACGGACUGCUAGAUCCGUGGAGCAGUGCAGGUGUUCUACACGCCCCCCAAGACGCGAAAGUGACGAUCGUGGAGAUCGCCGAGGGCGCCCACCACUUGGAUCUAUUCUUCAGCCACCCAAAGGACCCGCCGUCGGUCAUCGCCGCUCGCAAGACUGAGAUCAGAAUGAUCCAGAAGUGGGUCGACGAAUUCAUAGCUUACAAGUAA